AUGGGGGUGGACAAUGGCACAGCAGUAACUGAAUUUGUUCUGUUAGGGUUCUCAGAGUUUGGCUCCCUGCGGGGCCCUCUGUUUUGGGGUGUUCUCUGCAUGUACAUGGUCACCCUGCUGGGGAACUCUCUGAUCAUCUUCCUCACGCUGGCAGACUCUGCCCUGCACUCCCCCAUGUACUUCUUCCUGGGCCACUUCUCCCUGGCCGAGAUCCUCUACACCACCACCAUUGUGCCCCGGAUGCUGAGGGACCUCCUGUCCUCCCGCCCCACCAUCCCGCUUGCCAGCUGCUUCACCCAGCUCUACUUCUUCGCCCUCUUUGGCAUCGCUGAAUGUUGCCUGCUGGCUGCCAUGGCCUAUGACCGCUAUGCGGCCAUCUGCCGGCCUCUGCAUUACGCCACCCUGAUGAACCGGGGUGCAUGUGUGGGUAUGGUGGGUGCCUCCUACCUCAUGGGUGUCAUUACUGGCACCUCUCACUCCCUCCUCAUCUUCACCUUGCCCUUCCAAGGUGACAACAUCAUCCACCACUUUCUAUGUGACAUUCUGCCGGUGCUGAAACUGGCUAGUGCAAGCAUCUUUUGGGGGGAAGUAGGCAUUCUUGGAAACACCAUAGCUUUUAUCCUGACCCCCUUCUUGCUGAUCAUGGCCUCUUAUGUCUGCAUUCUUGCAACCAUCCUUGGAGUCUCAACAGCCCAGGGGCGGAGAAAGAUCUUCUCUACCUGCUCCUCCCAUCUCUUUGUGGUCAUCCUGUUUUAUGGGACUGCGACAGUUGCAUACAUGAAGCCUCAGGCAAGCUCCUCUCGGGACACAGACCAGGUUCUUGCUCUGUUCUAUACAGUUGUCACCCCCAUGUGCAACCCUUUUGUCUACUCCCUGAGGAACAAGGAGGUCACAGGAGCCAUGAGGAGGGUCAUGAAGAAGUACCUUUGUUGUUCUUGA